CUCCAUUGUGAGCCCGAAAGAGUCCGGGCACAGCUUAAUAAGGGAGGGCUCCCCUCUCGCAACCUCCUUCCAGAGCUUCUACGCGCAGCUCACCUCUGGAGCGGCUGGGGACGGGGACUCCCUUAGGUGACAGUGCUGUGGCAGAAGAUGUCUGUUGUGGCAUGGAGGAUGGGUUGCAGAGCCCUUCUUUCUGAAUGUUCCAACAGAUGUUAACCACCAGUACUGAAUGCAGCCAGCUCCGUAGCAGUAGCCUCCAAGCUAAAGGAAGGGAAGAAGAGAUGCCCCGGGCUCGUCCUAUGAAAACCGUUCGAGGCAUCAGGAAACGCAAAGACUUUGUGGUGCAUCAAGGCACUCAGACAGAAGAGAAGCCCAACAUUUGCAUCGAGUGCGGGAAGACUUUCAGCCAGAGCUCCAGCCUGGUCAACCACCGGCGAACACACUCCGAUGAAAAGCCCUACAAAUGCUCAGACUGUGGGAAAAGCUUUGGGGUCAGCUCCAGCCUGAACAGACAUCAGAGAAUCCAUACGGGGGAGAAACCUUACAAAUGUCCCGAGUGUGGAAAAAGAUUCAAUGACAAGUCCAACCUCACCCAGCACCAGCGGAUCCACACGGGCGAGAAACCUUACAAAUGCAUCGACUGCGGCAAGUGCUUCAGCCGCAGCUCCCACAAAAAGCAUCACCUGCGGCACCCGUUGGGGAAGAAGCUGAAGAAGGGCACCCAGGCGGAUGGUGCUUGUGCUGCGGACAGUGCGAAACCAAAACCCAGGCGGAAAGUGGAGGUGCUGAACACCUGCACGGAGUGCUGGCAGAGCUUCAGCCAGAACGCAGAUCUCAUUAAGCACAUGCGCAUCCACACUGGUGAGAAGCCCUAUCAGUGCAGCGUCUGUGAAAAGAGUUUCAGCGUCAGUUCCAACCUGUUCAGGCACCAACGCAUCCACACGGGGGAGAAGCCGUACGUGUGCUCGGACUGUGGGAAGAGAUUCACUGACAAAUCCACCUUAGUUCAGCAUCAGCGCAUCCAUACUGGGGAGAAGCCCUACGCCUGCAGGUUUUGUGGCAAGAGCUUCAGCCACAGCUCCCACCACAAGAGACACGAGAAGAUCCACAAGGGAGAAUACCCUUUGUUAGCUUUCCCUGCCCCACUGAUCUAGCCAGGUAUCGAGGGGAAAGGAUAAAGGCUGCUAGUGGGCAUCUGUUUUCCAAAGUAUUCAAAUUGCUCCCAGACUAGCCGCUAAAGAUCGAGGCUAGGAUGGGUCAUGAUCAGAUUGCCAGGCCACUGAAUUUCAGAUCGGUGAUUCUUGGAUCGAAAAGGGAUCCUCCAGGCUAAUCAAACAAAUGGCAUGGUAAAAAUGUUCCUGGACUGUACCACUUGAGAUUGUGUAUGCAUGUGGAAGGGGGAGAGCAUAUAUUUUAUUACAGCCUUCAUUGACCAAGCUGAAACCUUUCCCCUGGUGUACUAGCUCUUGACAUACAGAAAGGAAUAUUUUUUUUUGUAACAUGGAAGAAUUAUUCAUAAAAGUAAUCCACCACUUACAGUCUGAAAUGGCAUAUGCCAAGAAAGGAUCUGCAGCACAAUUUUGCUACGUUUAUCUAUCAGUCUUUGGUGUCUAUGCAGAGAUUCUACCGUUUUCUUUCAGAGGUGGUUCUGGCAGUGGAUUAGCAUCUCAGUUAAAAAUAAGCUGCUGACUUCUAUGGGGAACUGGUUGAACACCCUGACACUUUUUGCUAACCUCAAAUGCUUCCUGCUGUUUUUGAAAAAGAGAUGUUUAUAGAGCUACAUACAUACUGUGGUUCUUUCACUGUGUAAACAUUUCCUCCAUAAGUGAAAGAGUUUUGAAUAAGCAUGUUCAGACCUUAAAACUGUUGUGUGGGGGCCAUCUCCUCUUUUUUCAAUGUACUUUUCAUAGUGGAGAGAGGGAGAAACUCACCCCCCCCCCCCCAGUCUUUCUGGUGAAGACUGAAAUGGAACUCUGAAACCUCCCCAAAGAUCCAAGCUUAGAUUUUUCUGUCCGUCGGAGAAUAUAGGUUAUGUCAGGACAUUUUACACUUGAUGUUUACUCUUUACAUAAGACAUCUCUCUGUUCCUGGUGUAUCAAAGAUGAAAUUGACCCUUUACCCUCUACAAAAUAUUCCCCCAUAUAGUUAUGGAUUCUGAUUAAAUGCAAAAUAAGA